AUGACCGAUCGAGGAUACGGUGGCCGCGGCGGAGGAGGCCGUGGAAGUGGACGCGGUGACUACAGUGUCCGCGGUGGACACGGUCAUGGCGGUGCGCCGCAGGAGAAGCCAAAGAAAGAGGCUAUUCUUAAUUUAGCUAAGUACGUGGACAAGGAAAUUCGUGUGAAGUUCAUGGGUGGUCGAGAAGUUGUUGGAACAUUAAAAGGGUAUGAUCAGCUUAUGACCCUUGUCAUGGACGAUGUCGAAGAGAUUAAGCAUGAUCCAUCAAAUGGAAACACUACGGGCGAGCGGCGUACCUUAGGUCUUGCUGUACUACGUGGCACAAAUCUCACACUCAUAAGUCCCGUCGACGGGUUUGACAUCAUUGAAAAUCCUUUUGUCCAAGCCGAGUAA